AUGGCUUACUGCACCAAGAAGGUCACAAUUGUUGGUAAAUGAGGGGCCAGCUCUGGUGCCUCCCUCUAGAAAAGGGUGAAGAAAAUUGAAGUCAGGCAGCACACCAAGUACACAUGUUCCUUCUGCAACAAAACCAAGAUGAAGAGAUGGGCCACAGGCAUCUGGCACUGUGGGAAAACAAUGACGGGCAGGGCCUGGGCCUACACCACCACUUCAGCUGUCAGAGUCAAGUCAGCCAUCAGAGGACAGAGGGAACCUAAAGACCCAUAG